AUGCGAGCUCUACUACCCGGGCGACCCCCGGCGAAACUACAGGCUCUGAGCACCGCGCUGUGGAAAAAUAUCCGGAUUGUUUGCUACAUCUCCGGCCAAGCGCUGGUUAUCCUCAGCGGAGCGCACAAACUUUUACAAACCAUUUAUCUCGAUGACACGGGACCUCUCGAAGCUGUCUUGAUUGAUGAAGCUUCGGGGAGAAUCGCCGUUGCUGGGGGCUCAGAUAUUUCUGUCUUUAACCCCUGCUGUGUUGGCGAUAAUAUUUGGAAGUGGAGUCUAUGUCACAAGCUUCGCGCCCCGGACGACGAUGAGCGGAUAAAUGUGCUGUCAUGGGGCGCUGCGGGCGAGCUCCUAGCCGGUAACUCGCGCCUAGCUCUAUGGCUACUCACAGAUAAACCGCAAAUCAUUUGGAUGAAAAGCGUCGCCAACCCAGUGAAGUUUGCGCAAUUUUCCCACGACGCUAGCUUGAUUGCCUCGACUGGCCAAUACGAUCGUCUGGUAAAGGUAUGGAAGCGGCUCACCUUCAGCACGGACGAGGUUCGGUUCGAGGUUUCUUACCUUCCUCACCCGGACACUGUGACAAGCAUGCAUUGGCGGCGGCCAUACCAUCCGGAACAGACGAUGGACAAUAUUCUUUAUACGAUAUGCGCCGAUAAUAAGAUACGGGUUUGGGCGGGCAUGGAUCGGACGGGCUCCAAGUCAGCACUUCAGCUUUGGGCGGAGAUCGAUAUGGACACUGCAAUUCAGCCGAGGCAACCUAAUAAUAGUGAGUUUGCGAAAAGAAGGUAUGGGUUCAUAAUUGACGGGCGGGAUUUUUCCGUCGCUACAGAACAUGCCGUACAGUUAGGGGCUGCACAGGAGCGGGAUAAUCGAGCUCUCGAACAUCUUGUGGAAGUGGCAACUAAGAGUCCGGAAGUGUCUAUUGUCAUGGAUGGCAGGGGACACAUGUCUGCUUGGGGUCUUGAGAAUGUCGGAUGCAAAGUCCGGUCACCGACAAGUGUGUUCAAUAUAACGCAUGUUGAAGGGCUGCAUCUUUCAUUUGCUUCCGGUAUUAAACCGGGCGACGACUAUGCUCAAUUUUACGGUUUUGCUGGUGGAUUAUCGGAAGACUCGUUUACGAUUUUAGUCCAUUACUUUGACGGGCGAAUCGAGUGGUUGGACUCCAAAGUGGAAGCUUUAUUUGACCCAUCUCCGCGAAAGAAGCGGUUGACUUCAAGAGCUGUCUGGUCUGGACAUACGGGAUCCAUCAAGAAGAUCGUACGUAAUGCGAGCGGGAAAAUUCUAGUUUCGCGUACCGACGACAACAAGGCUAUGAUAUGGCGACAGAGAGCUAGUAGUUCUGGCCCUGUUCUUGUUCGGCAGAGCUCUCUCUAUUCCGAUCUCCAUAUUCAUCGUACCUGUCUGAUUGGAGAGGGGAAAUUCCUGGUUAAUCUACAUCAUGAUAGUAUUUCUCUUUGGGAUACUCGCUCAUUCUACGCGGAAAGGCUAGCAACAUGUGAUUUCGGGUUAUCGUCAAAACCCCUUUGUGUUUUGCUCCUACCGACUUCUGAGGCGAAUUCUUCAACUGUAUACGUGGCAGCUAUUGCUGCCGAUAUGACUGGAGUCGCCUGGGAAAUUGACCUUCCCGAGGAGCAUGUCGUUGCGAAUGGGGCGAAUGGAUUCUAUCAUCCUAAAAUGCGCCAAUUUUGUACAUUUAACCUAGGCGUGGAUGAAGAUAUCGCAUAUAUUUUACCCAUUGAUCCGGCCGGUUCUUCGAUGAUGAUUUCCGGUUUCCUUGAUCUGUUCGCAACCGACAUAGCUCUGUCUUACACAUAUAGCGGGAGAGUUAGGACGUGGACAGCCAAGGUCGAUAAACAGAAUGAGAAAAUUGACUGGCUGUUAACUUCUACGGUUGAAACAGGGAUAUGCAAUCCAUCGCUCGCCAGCGGUGCCUCAAUGCGCAAGGCGGCUAUCGUUGACCAAGAUCGGACACGUCUCACAAUAUGGGAUACCUACGGAGCUCAGCUGGAGUUCGAAGAGAACUUUUCACAACAGGAUAUUAUCAAGGACUUGGACUGGACGUCAACACCGCAUAUUCAAUCUAUACUGUCUGUUGGAUUUCCCCACAAAGUCAUUCUCAUGUCCCAGCUGCGAUAUGACUACCUUGAUGCUGGACCAUCCUGGACGCAGAUUCGGGAAAUUCGGAUCCAGGAUCUAACACCCCAUCCGGUUGGUGACUCUUGCUGGCUCGGCAACGGCAAUCUUGUUGUUGGCUCUGGCAAUCAACUGUUCGUCUACGACAAGCAUAUUGAACUUAGUAACCAAUUGAUCACCAAUGUUCGCCUUCCAGCGCGACAGAUAUAUGUGGAUCUCUUUGACGUUGUCAGUCGGUUGAAUGGCACAUUACCAGUAUUUCAUCCGCAAUUCUUGUCGCAGUGCAUACUUUCCGGAAAAUCAAAUCUCGUGCAUUUAAUUCUCACAAGCCUCUAUCAAAAGCUUAAGUUUUAUACCGAAGGUGAUGAGAUUGAUGGGUUCUUGGAUAUUCCGCUUGAAGAUAUAUAUCAAAAUGCAGAUACGUUGAAAAAGGUCCACUGGAAAGAAAUGCACUCACCUUAUGCCGAUUUCGCCACUGGUGGUGAAUCUUCUGUUGUGGACGAGACGCUGGGAACCGCACUAAAUGAAAAUCUAAUGCGAGUCGCACUGCCUCAACUAACAAGCACCGAACAAUUCCGCCUCGUGAACAUUAUUGAGUGUGUAGCAACCGUCGAUAAGCAUCGACGCUCGAUGGACGACAAUGCUGCGCGGUACCUACUUUUCUUCCGUCAACACAUGCUACGGAGAAGCCAGGGGCUUCCUGAACAACCCACUGUUUCCUGGAGGGAGAUUGUAUGGGCGUUACACAGCGAUAGCCAUGAAAUCCUCGUAGAUCUCGUCUCUAGGCAAUAUCAGGGGAAAAUGCUUUGGGAACACGCGAAAGAGAGUGGGAUUUUCAUGUGGAUUACGGAUUUAAAUUCUCUACGAGCUCAACUCGAGGUCAUCGCCCGCAAUGAAUAUACCAAAAGCCAGGAAAAGAAUCCCAUCGACUGUAGUCUUUAUUAUCUUGCACUCAGGAAGAAGAGCGUUCUACAGGGGCUUUGGCGAAUGGCAAGCUGGAAUCGUGAACAGUCUGCCACCCAACGACUAUUGAGCAAUAACUUUAGCGAACCGAGGUGGCGAACGGCGGCACUCAAAAAUGCCUACGCAUUGCUCGGAAAACGAAGAUUUGAGUACGCUGCUGCCUUCUUUCUCCUAGCCGACCACUUGCGCGAUGCCGUUUAUGUGUGCAUGAACCAACUCCAGGAUGUGCAGUUGGCUGUUGCGAUUACACGCGCCUACGAGGGGGACGAUGGACCUGUACUUAAGGAGAUUCUAGAGGAAAGGGUUCUUGUCGAUGCUGCUUCCGAAGGCAACCGAUGGAUGGCUACAUGGGCAUUUUGGCUGCUCAAUCGACGAGACUUGGCUGUACGGACAUUGAUUUCGCCAAUCGGAAACCUCAUCCUAUCCACUCCAUCGUCUCCCACUAGCCCAGGCGCAAUCACUCUCCAGGCAAAAUCAUACCUGGCCCACGACCCAGCUCUGGUCAUCCUUUACAAACAACUCCGCGAUAAGACUACGCAGACGCUGAAAGGUGCCGCUAAAGUCCCUGCAAGGGACGAAUGGGAAUUCGUCCUGCGCAACGCGCGGUUGUAUGACCGAAUGGGCUGCGACCUGCUAGGUCUCAAUCUUGUGCGCGAAUGGGAGUUCCUUAAACCUUCCGCGCCCCUUAGCAAGACUCAAUCUUCGCGUCUAUCAUUUAAAGCGCCGGAUCUAAGGAAGCUGCUGAGGAGAAGGAGCAGUCUGGUUGUGGCUGAUAUGCCUACGCUUCAGGAAGAGUUGAAAGGUUCCCUAUCUGCUCAGGGUGGAAGUCAUCUGGAGCUCAUUAGUAAUCUGCUGGCUCGGGUCUGCAAGCUCGUCAUCGCAACCUCGUAUAUCAGAACUCCCCGCUCUCUAAUCAUGGGGAAAAUGGGUGGGACAGGUCCCUCAUUAUCCAACCGCGAGGGCCUGGAAAGCCAUAGUUAUCCUGUGAGACAGUUCCAAUCCCCAGGGUUAAUGUCUUCAAGCCACAAUGAGGAAACGCAUUCAGAUCAAGACAGCAACCAUGAAGAUGGUGACCAUCACGGCGACAUCCAACAUGAUAGCCGGUUUCCCGGUGACUCCAGCGCGGACAGAUUGCGAGCUUCGAGAACCUCCGCGCAGAGCUUUACCACCCGAUCCCUCCUCAUGGGCCUCGUAAUUGGCACUCUCAUCACUUUCUCCAACACGUACUUCGGCCUUCAGACUGGUUGGAUCAGCACCAUGGCCAUGCCCUCGUCACUAAUAGGGUUUGCGGCCUUCAAGGCCCUUUCUCGCCAUCUUUCAUUCCCAUUUACGCCAGUAGAAAACGUUCUGAUCCAAACUGUUGCGGGCGCCGUCGGAUCAAUGCCACUGGGUUGUGGAUUUGUGGGCGUCAUACCGUCUAUGGAGUUCUUGCUGCGAGAUGGGCCUGAUGGAGACCGAGGGGCCGAUGAUGGACAGGGUGAAGGGGGCCCAUUGAAGCUUUCGUUUGGGAAAUUAGUUGUUUGGAGUUUGGGUGUGUGUUUAUUCGGGGUUGUUUUUGCGGUGCCGUUACGGAAGGAGGUUAUUGUGAGGGAGAAGCUGAAGUUUCCGAGUGGGACGGCGACAGCAUUGAUGAUUAGAGUGCUACAUGGCGGUGGACAGACAGAGGAGAAGGGGAAGGCUGUGGGCAUUGCUAGUGAGCAGAGGAGGAGGAGGAGAAGGUCAAGGUCAAACUCAGCGCAUGAGCGAGAGCGCGUGACGUUGCUAGCUCCCGAUGAGCGGGAGGACACUUCGCAUUCAAUCUCAAGACUAGAACUUGCUGAGCGGGAUAGCAGGAAAGACUGGCAGGCGAAGAUUAAAUUGUUAAUCUACGCGUUUGGAGUUUCUGCGACAUAUACCCUCGUCUCAUAUUUUAUCCCGCGGCUUCGUGAUCUCCCUAUUUUUGGUCUUCCGAUUGCGACUCAAUGGCUGUGGACACUUAAUCCUUCUCCAGCAUACAUCGGCCAAGGCAUAAUAAUGGGCCCUUCCACAUCACUACAUGUGCUGGUCGGUGCGAUUCUAGGAUGGGGGAUACUAUCCCCUCUUGCCAAACAUCGGGGCUGGGCUCCUGGACCCGUCGAUAGCUGGGAAGACGGCAGCAAAGCUUGGAUUGUAUGGGUUUCGCUUGCUAUAAUGCUCGCAGACUCGAUCAUCAACCUUGGCUGGUUAGUGCUCCGACCGUUGAUCACCCACGGGCCAAUUCUUCUACAUAACAUGACCCGAAAUGAUUUCUGGGCCAAUGUUAUCAAACCCGCUUCUCGUAGAACAGGUUACACCGCCAUUCACCCGCCGCACGCAAUGGACAGCGUCGACAGUGACGCCCCUCCAUCCGAGCUCAUCUCCACCCGUACAGUCCUCAUCCUCCUCCCUCUCACCCUAGUCCUCAAUGUCAUAUGCAUGCACCUCAGCUUCGGCAACCUCAUCACUCCAGCCCUCUCAGCUCUUGCUACCCUCCUCGCUCUCUUCCUCUCCGUCAUGGGCGUGCGCGCCCUAGGCGAAACGGACCUGAACCCCGUUUCAGGCAUCAGCAAACUCACCCAAUUGAUCUUCGCCUUCGCCACGCCAGCCUCAAGCCACACGCGCCGCACCGCAGUCGUUACGAACCUCCUCGCAGGCGCCGUAUCCGAAGCCGGCGCCCUGCAAGCCGGCGACAUGAUGCAAGAUCUGAAAACAGGCCACCUGCUCGGCGCCAGCCCCAAAGCGCAGUUCUACGGACAAGUAAUCGGCAGCCUCUUCGGCGCCGUGAUCUCCGCCGCUGUCUAUAAAUUAUACGUCGCCGUCUACGACGUGCCCAGCCCCAUGUUCCAGGUGCCCACGGCCUACGUGUGGAUAUUCACCGCGCGGCUCGUGACGGGCCAGGGCCUGCCGGAGAUGGCGUGGCAGACCGCCACGAUUGCAGGCGUGGUGUUUUCGGUCAUUACGGUUUUGAGGAUUAUGAGUGCUUCGCCUGCGUUUUCACCGGGGAAAGCCGGGGAAGGAAGGGGAAGAAGCCCGCCGUGGCGCGCGUGGAUACCAGGCGGCAUUGCCGUUGCCGUGGGUAUGUAUAAUGUGCCGUCGUUCACGCUGGCCAGGGCUAUUGGUGGCGUUAUUGCAUGGUGGUGGAGGUGGAGGAAGCGGCAGCAGCAACGGCGCCAGCGGCGGUGGUGGUGGCCCUUGUCGCCGUUGAGGAGCGGGGUUGUUGGUGAUAGUCGUGCGCGUUUGUUCACGGGGCCGUUUGACGAGGGCGAUGAUGACACGGCGGGGGUACUGUCUGCCGUUAAAGACGAUGAUGAACAUGUUGCUGGCUCUAGGACGGGUGGUGGGGAGGAUGAUUCCGACGCUGGGUCGACGGUGGUGAUUCUCGCGUCUGGGCUCAUAUUGGGCGAGGGGGUCGUGAGUAUUAUCAAUCUAGCGUUGGCCAGUGCCGGGGUUCCGCAUCUGUGA